UCAAUUAAUUUUUAGCAGAAAUAAUAAAUUAAUAUUAUUUUAAGUAUGAAUGAAGACAUCUGUUUAUUAUGUUUUGCUGAUAAUGCCAGAGUAGUUUAUGUAAAAAAUCUACGUUUACAAAAUGUAUACGAAGGUCUAUCAAAUGUGAUGAUGCAUUCCGGCUCUGAGCCACUGUGUUACAUUUGUUAUAAGAGGCUGCUGCAAUGGGAACAGCUGGUCAGACAAAUCCAGUAUAUCUUGAAAACUGAUCAUCAUCAGGGUCAAGAAACACAACUUCUGAAACUAUCAGCAACACACAACUAUAGUGAAGUGCCGCCAGAGUACUCAAACAAACAUGAGCCUGAUGUCAAAAAAAGUUUAAAACAAUGUAAAGGUUCCGCUGAGCUGAAAUUGGAUUUGUCAGGAGAACAUUAUAAGAAUGAUCAUACUAGCACCAAUAAGUUUGAUCAUCUACCUUUAGACAUAAAAGAAGAAAAUAUUAUAGAGACUGACCUUGAGAAAUGUAAAGAAACAUCUGAUGGAAUAAUUGUCACAGGCAAACAAGUUCCUAAAGAACAAAAACCUGAUGUCAAACCUUACAUCUGCCUAACAUGUGACAAAAAGUUCAGUAGGAAUCAGAGUUUGAAAAGGCACAUUGAAAUAAUUCAUAAUGGAACAACCUUUACUUGUGACACAUGCAGUAAAAAGUUUAAUAGAAAAACUAACUUGGCUAUACACAUAAGAAGACAUACUGGUGAAAAACCCUAUACCUGUAAGCAUUGCAGUAAGAUGUUUACAGAUUCUAGUGAUUUGAAUAGUCACUUAAAAAUACACAGCAACAAUAAACCAUACAGUUGUCAUAUUUGUAGUAAAAAGUUUAAACAAUCCAGUGAAGUCAAAUCUCAUUUAAAAGUACACAGCGAAACCAAAGCCUUCAGUUGUAGUAUUUGCAGUAAAAAGUUUAGAUUCAGAAGUAAUUUGAAUAGCCAUAUAAAAUAUCGUCAUAGCGACUACAAGCCGUAUAAUUGUGAGAUUUGCAGUAAAAAGUAUACAUGUCCCAGAGACUUACAAAAGCAUUUAACAGCACAUACAGACUAUAAGCCCUAUAUUUGUACUAUUUGCUUUAAAAGGUAUAAAAUUUUAAGUUCCUUGAAUAGUCAUUUGAGAAUACAUUACAAUAGCAAGUCGUAUAGCUGUGACAUUUGUUAUAAAAUGUUUACUUUUUCCGGAGAUUUCAAGAGACAUUUAAAAACACAUACCGGUGAAAAAGCCUUUUCCUGUGAUAUGUGUAUUAAACAGUUUAAUGUUAAAAGUAACUUAAAAAGACAUAUUAUCGAUUGUCAUAAUGAGAAACCGACCAGUAAUUGUAAUGUGCGCAAUAAACUAUUGUCAGCAAAAACUUGUGACUUGGUAAAAGAUGAGAGGGUGCAUACUAGCAAAGAAAACUACACCUGUGAUGUUUGUAAUAAAUUCCUUACAGGAUAUGGCUUAAAAAGGCACAUAAAGAUUCACAUAGAUAAGAUAUAUUUUACCUGUGAUAUUUGCAGUAAGGAAUUUAAUAAAAAAAACAACUUAUUAUCGCACAUAAGAAAUACCCAUAACCGCGAAAGACCUCACAAAUGUGAAGUUUGCAGUAAAGACUUUUUUGUAUUGUCCCAUUUAAGACGACAUAAAGCAACACACACUGCCAAAGUGUACAGCUGUGAUAUUUGUAGUAAGAUAUUCGCUAAGGAAACUGAUUUAAAAAGUCACAAAGAAAUGCACAGAAUGUUACUUAUCCCUCGGUAUGUAGACUGCGUUGGCAAGCCUCACUGUUGUAAGAUUUGUGGUAAAAGUUACACAACAAAGGGCAUUUUGAUGAGGCACAUGAAAUUACAUACCGACGAGAGACUGUACAACUGUGAAAUUUGCAGCAAAAAUUUUAAAACUGCUGAUUAUCUCCGAGUCCAUUUAAAAAAACACAGUGGCAGAAAACCCCAUAGUUGUGGUAUUUGCAGUAAAAAGUUUAGAACGACGUGUGAAUUAAAUGGUCAUUUAAAAGUGCACAGCGAAGAUAGGCCCUAUAGCUGUACUGUUUGCGGCAAAAAGUUUAAAUAUUCUAAUGUUUUGAAGAGACAUUUGAAAGUACAUUAUGGAACCUGAUAAGAGCCAGUAUAGGACCACUUAUGCGACACUAAGCUGCAGUAGAGCGACGCGACACUUCACAAGUCAUAAUUGUGGCUUAUCUAGUAUUACAUAUAGUAUGUCA